AUGUACUUCCCACCGAGUCAGUACAACAAGAAGAUAAAGCUAUCGACAAGGUGCCAUAUCCAUGAAACUUUGUCUGUACUAGAAAAAGGGUUGGAUAUUCCUAUGACGAAGAGCGAGAAGGAGUGGUUUGAAGACCAUAUGCAGUUCAAGCACAUAUUCCACUUGAAAAAGGACCCAAACCACAAGGUUAUGGGAAUGUGGAUGCUCCUUCUUCGUACGGCUUGCAUGGAGAAAAAGAAGGAAGUUUGGUUCGUGGUAAACGGUGUCCCAAUCCGGUAUGGAUUGAGAGAGCAUGCUUUAAUGUCGGGUUUGGAUUGUCGUGUCUAUCCGGAGGGUGACAUGAACGCGGGAAGUGAAAGGUUCAAGAGGAAGCACUUCAGGAACCUUAGGAGGGUUGAAGAUGAUGGUACUCUACUUUUUAGUGAGUAUCCUUGUCGGAGAUACCAAGAACUCGGGUAA